UGGGAACCCGCCCACCGCAUAUAUAACUCCCAGUCGAGGGGGACGCGAGCCAUCGCGGGAAGGCAGGAGGCGCGAAGCGUUGCUCCUCUAGCAGCCUUUGGGCUUGCGCAUGCGCCGGGAGGGGAGGCGUAGUCGACGGUUAUAGACGAGCGCGUCUGCGCAUGGGCGUUGAAACCUGACUGACACCGGAGCACUGCGGUUGCGCGCUGGGAAGCACCGGGCCUGCGCAGAAAGAAGGAGCCCUACGGCGCACGCGUAGGAAGGGGCCGGGGUGGGGCGGGGGGGAGCGGCGAGCGCUUCGAGCAGCGGUUGAGGCGGCGGGCGCGGGCGGAGGAGCCCCGGUGCGCGCGAGGCAUGCUGGAGAUGGCCACGGACAAGGAGACCUUCCUCGUCCCGGCCCCACCGCCGCCCCUCAAGCCGCCGCCCAGAGGGGGCGGCGUGGAGGCGUCCCCGGUGCGGCUCCGUCAGGGGGACGCGGCGGCGGAGGGUGGCGAGAGCGGCCGCGGGGAUGAGCCUCUCGCGCAGGCGCACCAGGGGGCGGCGGAGGCGGAGGACAGCGUGGCCGAGCUGCAGCGGCCCCGUAACGGCUUCCAGCCCCACCAGAAGCCCCCCGGCGGGGGCAAGAGGCGCAACAGCUGUCACGUGGGUGGCUUCAAGCACCCCGCCUUCAAGCGGCGCCGCCGGGUCAACUCGGACUGCGACCCUGUCCUCCCGUCGGAGUUCCUCCUGGGGGGCAACAUCUUCGACCCACUCAACCUCAACAGCCUGCUGGACGAGGAGGUGAACCAGGCCCUCAAUGCCGAGACCCCCAAGUCGUCGCCCCUGCCGGCCAAGGGCCGCGACCCCGUGGAGAUUCUCAUCCCCAAGGACAUCACUGACCCCUUGAGCCUGAACAAUGCCCAGGACGAUCCCCCGGUGCUGGCCUCGCCAGUCAAAACAGGGCGCAAGCGGCACCGCCACCGGGGGGCACAGCGGGCAGCCAGCAACGCCGAGGCGGUGAAGGCUGCCCCCUCAUGCAAGUCGUGCCAGAAGGCAGUCAACGGGGCCACCCCACAGCCCUACGAACUCAACACGGCCAUCAACUGCCGGGACGAGGUGGUGUCCCCCUUGCUGCCGGGCAGUGGAGGCGGCCAGCAGGGCUCUGGUGGCAUCACCCCCUCUGGUGCUUUUGCGGCCUCUUCUGCGGGGGGUGGUAGCCGCAGCCACCACCACCACCGCAAGAGGCGCAGGACUUGCAGCAAGUCGGAGGGGGCAGCAGGGGCCAAGCACCAGGGGGCAGCUGUGGCCAGCGAAGCGCCUUACCGGAACAGCCCGGACAGGGGACGGACCGCACCCGGGUGCCGGCACCAGCUGCCUCUUUCCACCCAGCAACCUCGGUGGCGGUCGCAUCGCAAGUUCCAGUACGGCAACUAUUGCAAAUAUUACGGCUACCGCAACCCUGACUGUGAGGACUCGCGGCUGCGGGCGAUGAGGCCCGAGUGGUUCCAGGGGAAGGAGGUCCUGGAUGUGGGUUGCAACGUGGGGCACCUCACUCUGACCGUGGCCAAGAAGUGGGCUCCCCGCAGGAUGGUUGGCGUGGACAUUGAUGGGGCGCUGAUCCACUCGGCGCGCCAGAACAUCCGGCACUACCUGUCCGAGGAGAUCCAGGAGCAGCAGCAGCAGGGCGGCGGGGGGGCCAGCCUCGCCAAGAAGACCUUCCCUGUGUCUCUCACGGCCAGCCGAGGGCCCAUCGCUGCGCCAAGGGUGCCCCAGGACGGGUCAGAUGCUGCCGUCUUCCCCAACAACGUGAUCUUUGUCAAGGGCAACUACGUCCUGGAACGUGACGAGCUGCUGGAGGCUCAGAAGCCGGAGUACGACGUGAUCCUCUGCCUCAGCCUCACCAAGUGGGUGCACCUCAACUGGGGGGACGAGGGCCUCAAGCGCCUCUUCAAGCGCCUCUUCCGCCACCUGCGGCCCGGUGGCAUCCUUCUGCUGGAGCCCCAAGCUUGGGCCUCCUAUGGCAAGAGGAAGAACCUGACGGAAACAACAUGCAAGAACUUUCACCGCAUCAAGCUGAAGCCGGACCAGUUCCCCUCCUACCUGACUUCACCUGAUGUGGGCUUUUCCAGCUAUGAAUUGGUGGCCACGCCCAGGCACACCUCCAAAGGAUUCCAGCGCCCCAUCUAUCUCUUCCAUAAGGCCCCCCUGAAAACGCACUGAGGACCUGGGCCCAGGCCUGAGAGCCAGUCCGCAGCUGGGCUGCAGCGUAUCUUUCUGAGCCCCCCGGGGGCGUCUGCUAGAAGCACCUGGACGGGAAAGAUCGCAGGAAACAGGUUGGCUGCCUGAGCCCUUGGAGUGAAUGGGAGCUGCUUGACCUGUGAGGUUCCUGUCUGCCUGCCUGCGACUGGCAGAGCGAAGAACAGAGCAAGCCAAGAUGCCUGGAGCUGCUACCAAGAUCCUUAUGUUGACUGGGGGCAGGGGCGAGUGAGCGGGUGAUGCCCCUUUUUGCAUGGGGGCUGGCUGGCUGGCUUCUUUCCUCCUAGUGGUUAUGCUGAGCUCACAGCCCACAAUAAGAACUCGUACAAACACACCGUCAGCCUCUGUGGUCUCCAUUUGGGAGCAGCGGAUGCCUGGAGGAGUUGUGGAGUGCUCCUGGAGUGGGGCAGUGAAGGGGGCAGGGCAACUCCUAAACAGCUACUUCCCCAGAGCAGGGCAAAAUUCUUCACGUGCAACACUGAAGCUUUUCCCCUGGUUCGUUGGUUGGACUACUGCCCCAGGAGCUCCCUUGGAUGAUUUUGGCGUGCCAGGAAGGAAGAACAGUGCCCUGGCACCUCCAUCACUCUCCCCUUCUGCAGCCAGCCAGCCAGCCAGCCCACCCCCCGCCCCAAGCUCCCUGCCGUGCCCUCCCCUUGCUGCGAGGGGGGCCCUGGUUCCACCCAGGACUUUGAUCUUUACACAGAUGUUGAUUCUAUAUAUAAAUAAAGCCUACCAAUUA